GUGUUGUAUGAGAGAAGCUCACUGCUCUCUGAUUUCGAUGCAACUCAGGAGUUGUAGUCCUGCACAAGUUUCACGCGUAUACAGAGAAACUGUGGGGGUUGGUGGGGGAUUUUCUCUUCACUUUUUACUGCAUUUGGGUUUUUCUGAAACUCGAUUUCCCUGAAGUUUCUAGUGGGGAAAAACAAGACAGGUCUUUCAUGUAUUUCAAAGAUUUUGAGAUAAUGCUGAGGAAAAGGAGCAGAUCAAACCAGAAGAAUCAACCGAUGGAUCAGUUGAUGUUUGAUGCUGUUUCAGAGCCUUAUUUUCAUGCUGAUGUUUUAGGCCAGAAAACUAAAAAUAAUCCCUUUUUUAAUGCUCCUUGUCUAUUUGUGGGGUUCAAUCCCAAGAACUUAGAAUCUGAUUCAGUUAGGAGCCCUACUUCUCCUUUAGAUUUUAAGUUGUUUGCGAAUUUCGGCAAUCCAUUUAGGUCCCCAAGAUUAUCAAAUGAGGGGCAUCAGAAGAGAUGGGAUUGUAGUAAAGUAGGCUUAAGCAUUAUUGAUUGUCUCGAAAAUGAAAGUAAACAUUCAGAGAAGGUUCUCCGAUUGUCCAACAGUAGAAAUAUUCUUUUUGGACCACAAAUGAGGAUAAAAAGUUCAAAUUUUCGAAACCUCAAUGAUUCUUCUGAGGUACCAAAAUCACUGCCUACAGACGUUGCAAUUUUUCCUUGUACCCAAGUUAAAUCAUCAAAUCAUCAAAAGGGUAAUUCUAAUGUCCUGUUUGGAAUUGGAGAAGCCCCAUUUGAAGAGGAAUCUGGUGGAAAUUUCCACUCUUUUACAUUAGAUUCUGGAAGGUCUUUUUCGCAUUUAGCAAAUUUUUCUAUCCUUAAGCCUGACCAGCGAUGUGGUGAUUUCAAUUCCAAGAACUCUAUAAGGCUAAUGCCUUCACAAUCGGGAGCCAUUGGAGGAAGCUUUAAUUUAGGCAAUUCAUCUCAGAAAAACCUUAGUUCAGAUCCAAAAUCCACUGGAUCCGGAACUGGUUUAAUUGGAAAUAUCCCGCCUAGUGAGAUUGAGCUUUCCGAGGACUAUACCUGCGUGAGAACACAUGGCCCCAAUCCAAAAGUCACACACAUAUUUGGUGAUUGUGUUUUGGAAUGUCACAACAAUGAAGUAGCCACUUGUUUCACGGAUAGCAAAGAGGAAAUUGCAUUGCCGCAGGCUGCAGAAGUCUCCGACAUUAUUGCUUUUUAUCCACCAAUUGAUUUCUUAAAAUUUUGUUACUCUUGCAAGAAGAAAUUGGAUGGGGAAGAUAUCUACAUGUAUAGGGGUGAGAAAGCGUUUUGCAGUUGGAGUUGCCGCUCGCAGGAGAUUUUGCUUGAUGAGGAGAUGGAGAAAACCAACAAUAGUCCUUCGGAAAACUCCCAUGAGUUGAACAGCUGCGAAGAAAAUUUUGAGAACACCUUGUUCAUCGAUACAUAGGAUGCUGUGUCUUAGGACACUAUGCCCAGGAUUGAUGAAACCUCAACAUAGGUAUAUAUCCCCGACCUUGUAUCCAUGAGAGCUGUUUGUGCAUCUUUUACCGGCCGUGGAUGAUCAUGGUCUGCAUGUUCGAUAUGUUGAUUGUGUUUUGUCCCUCAUGGUUGUAGUGCUUAAUAUACCCCAUUCGCGAGUUUUGACAUACGUAAUUCUAACUUCCUUGAUAUAUCACUAGAAUUUUUAUGCGGUGAUAUAUGCAGAAGGGCAGUAACCUAUAUCUUCACUGGAGUUGAUGUAUAAGCCUUCUGCUGAAUUUAUUGGGAAACUUUUUAUGAAUAUACAGUAUUCCUCUCUUUCUC